CAGGAUCUAAACUCAAAUUUCUUAACUUUUUUUUUGCCGUUUGUCCAACAAAUUGGACUGAACUGAAUCAGAUAAGUUGGCGAGAUGAGAUCCAACGAAUUAUAAAAUUUAUCAAAAAAAGUGGCAGUCACAAAAAAAGAAGAAGAUAUAGGCCGUGUCUUGCACAGAAUCACACAUACAGAGAGAUUCAAGGUUCGAAUCAAUCAUCAGAAUCUGUCAUUUUUUUCUUGCUUCUUUAUCUCUCAUUUCGAGGAUCUGAAGAAGAAAGAUGCAUCUGAUUAAUGCGGUGGCGGCGGCGAGAAUAUUGUCUGGAUUCGGACAAUCUAACGGCACCACCGGAGGCGAUGCGAUUCCGUUUGGAUCGCCGUGGUGGGUAAUCUACGCCUGCGUGUCUUGUUUCCUCGUUCUCUUCGCCGGAAUUAUGUCUGGUCUCACUUUGGGGCUUAUGUCUCUCGGUCUCGUCGAGCUCGAGAUUCUCCAACGCAGUGGCACUCCUAACGAGAAGAAACAAGCAGCUGCGAUCUUCCCGGUUGUUCAGAAACAGCAUCAGCUUUUAGUGACACUGCUUCUGUGCAAUGCUGUUGCAAUGGAGGGACUUCCUAUAUACUUGGAUAAGCUAUUCAAUGAAUACGUUGCCAUUAUUCUUUCCGUCACUUUCGUUCUUGCUUUCGGUGAGGUUAUUCCUCAAGCGAUAUGCACAAGGUAUGGUCUCGCCGUUGGAGCCAAUUUUGUCUGGCUUGUACGCAUUUUGAUGAUUCUCUGCUACCCUAUUGCCUUUCCUAUCGGCAAGAUCUUGGAUUUGGUAUUGGGACACAAUGACGCUUUGUUUAGACGAGCUCAGUUGAAAGCUCUUGUAUCAAUUCACAGCCAAGAGGCUGGCAAGGGAGGUGAACUUACGCAUGAUGAGACAACAAUCAUUAGUGGAGCACUUGAUUUGACAGAGAAGACUGCACAAGAAGCAAUGACACCAAUUGAAUCAACUUUCUCCUUGGAUGUAAAUUCAAAGUUGGAUUGGGAAGCUAUGGGCAAGAUUCUAGCACGUGGUCACAGCCGUGUUCCUGUCUACUCCGGGAAUCCGAAAAACGUUAUCGGACUUCUCUUGGUGAAGAGUCUACUCACAGUUCGACCUGAAACAGAAACCCUUGUAAGCGCGGUUUGUAUCCGCAGGAUCCCAAGGGUUCCUGCUGAUAUGCCUCUGUAUGAUAUACUGAACGAGUUUCAAAAAGGAAGCAGUCACAUGGCUGCAGUUGUGAAGGUUAAAGGGAAAAACAAAGCUCCUCCUUCGACUCUGCUCGAAGAAGACACUUACGAGAAGGACUCAGAUUUGACCGCUCCUCUGUUACUAAAACGAGAAGGGAACCACGACAAUGUCAUUGUACACAUCGACAAAGCGAACAGACAAUCGUUGUUUCAAGGCAACGAGGGUGUACCACACGGUUUCUCGCAUACUUCAGAGGAUAUCGAGGAUGGGGAAGUAAUAGGUAUUAUUACUUUGGAAGAUGUGUUUGAAGAGCUUUUGCAAGAAGAGAUUGUGGACGAAACUGAUGAAUAUGUUGACGUACAUAAAAGGAUUCGAGUAGCAGCAGCAGCGGCUGCUUCAUCGAUAGCGAGAGCUCCUUCAAGCAGGAGGUUAAUUGCACAAAAGGGAACUGGAGGACAAAAUAAGCAAACGCAGACGAUAAAAGGUUCUGGUCAGGAACAAGAUAAACUGCUUGGGACUAUUACGGAACCAAACCGAGGAAACAGAUGAUUGUAAAAUCGAUCUUGUGUUCUUGCUUGAGGAGCCAAAAAAAUUUCUGUUGUGGUAUAUGAAAGGAACAAAGAAUAAACUUGAAGAUCGGUUUGGUAACUUAUAAUUUAUCCAUCAUAUAUAUAUACAUACAUAGGUUCAUACUUCACGUAUAUGUCUGCAAUUGCAAAUGGUUCUUCCCAAUUUUUGAUGAUGUUCUGUACAAUUUUGUAACUUACUCAGUAACUUAAUUCUUUUUUUUGUUUGUUUCCAUAGUAGAAGAGGGGUACCUCAUAUGAAACUUCAAAAACUCCCAAUUAAAAAAGAG